UCGCACCUCACAGUGUCACGGGGCAUUACUACCACCAGGGGGGCAUUAUUCCAAAAUUCUUAGAUCCUCGGGUGGCCCGUGAGCCGUGAGCCAAGAACGUGACAGCAGCUCCCAUGUCUCUUCCAUUAAAACAAAGUGGAGAAGGAAUACAGUGACCUCAUCCACGGCGCCAGUCAGGCAAUCACCAUAUUAUUAUUACUACUACUACGUCACCAUUUCCGUCCCCCGCCCUAAACCGCCAGUAUAUCCUACAAUAUCACCGUUUCAGCUUUCGACUUUAGAGUCUAGACAGCUCAUUCCGAUAUCCUGGGCCUUUUCCCAGAGAAGAAAAAAAGCAAAAGAGAAAUCUCGGACUGGACUGCCAGUACCAAAGCAAAGGAAAAAGUUCAUUCAGAGGCGAGGGAGGGGGGCGAUGCGGCAGAGAUCUCUCGCGCUGCUGCUGCUGCUGCGGCUGCGGCUGUGGCUGUUCGCUGUCGCCGCAUCACCAGCUCUUCUUGGUGUUCUUGCGGCCGACCUUAACAAAGAACCAUUUACCAUUCGUAUAAGCUGUGGGAGUUUUGACGAUGUCCACACAGCACCUACGAACACAUUGUGGUAUAGAGAUUUUGGUUAUACUGGGGGCAGGUUUGCAAAUGCUACUCGCCCAAGCUAUAUCAUACCCCCGCUGAAAACUCUUAGAUAUUUCCCUCUGUCUGAUGGCCCUGAAAAUUGCUACUACAUCAACAAUGUCCCCAAUGGGCAUUACCAAGUGAGGCUUUUCUUUGCCCUUGUGGCUGAUCCUAAUCUUGACAGUGAGCCAAUAUUUGAUGUUUCUGUUGAGGGUACUCUGUUCAGUUCUUUACUUUCGGGCUGGAGCAGUGACGAUGAGAUGACAUUCGCAGAAGCUCUGGUUUUUGUUCAGGACUCGAGCCUAUCGAUCUGUUUCCACAGCACAGGUCAUGGAGAUCCAUCGAUUCUUUCUAUUGAAGUUCUCCAAAUAGAUGAUAAUGCCUAUAAGUUUGGUCCGCUAUGGGGAAACGGGACAGUGCUUAGAACUGCCAAAAGAUUGACAUGUGGUUCUGGAAAGCCAGCUUUUGACGAAGAUCUAAAUGGUAUCCAUUGGGGUGGUGACAGAUUCUGGUUAGGGUUGAAAACAUUGUCAUCUAGUUCUGAUGAUCAACCUGUAUCAACUGAAAAUGUUAUAGCAGAGACAUUGCUUGCACCAAAUUUUUAUCCUCAAAGCAUGUAUCAAUCAGCUAUCAUGGGCACUGAUAGGCAACCAAGCUUAUCCUUUGAAAUGGAUGUCACUCCAAACAAAAACUAUUCUGUAUGGCUUCACUUUGCAGAGAUUGAGAAUGGAAUAACUGCAGAAGAGCAAAGGGUAUUUGAUGUUAUUAUCAAUGGUGACAUCGCUUUCAAGGAUAUCGAUAUAGUUCGCAUGACAGGAGAGCGCUUUACUGCGCUCGUUUUGAAUAAAACUAUUGCCGUCAGUGGGACAACACUGAAAAUCACCUUGCAGCCUGUUGAGGGAACACGUGCCAUUGUUAGUGCGAUUGAGGUAUUUGAGAUCAUUCCAGCUGAAAUGAAGACAUUAACUCAAGAAGUGACUGCUCUGCGGACUUUGAAAGGUUCACUUGGUCUUCCUCUUCGAUUUGGCUGGAAUGGGGAUCCCUGCGUUCCUCAGCAGCAUCCAUGGAGCGGAGUUGAUUGUCAGUUUGAUGACACUAAAAUGCAUUGGGUCAUUGAUGGGCUAGGUCUUGAUAACCAAGGAUUGGGAGGAGUUAUACCUAUUGACGUAUCUAAGCUACAACACCUCGAAAGCAUAAACUUUAGCGGUAAUAGCAUAAAGGGAAAUAUUCCAUUCACUUUGGGUACAAUCUCAGGGCUGCGAGUACUAGAUCUGUCUUACAACAAACUCAAUGGUUCUAUUCCGGAGAGCCUUGGCCAGCUGACAUCUUUACAGACACUGAAUCUAAAUGGCAAUGGUCUUUCAGGAAGGGUUCCAGCCAGCCUGGGAGGAAGACCUCUACACAGAGUUAGAUUCAACUUUACGGACAAUGCUGGGUUGUGUGGAAUUCCUGGUUUGCAUGAGUGUGGCCCUCAUAUAUCUGUGGCUGCAAAGAUUGGUAUGGCUUUCGGGGUACUUUUAGCAUUUCUGUUUCUGGUUGUAUUUGCGGCAUGCUGGUGGAAAAGGAGGCAGAACAUUAUCCGUGGUCAGAAAUUAGCUGCAGCAAGGGAAGCUCCGUAUGCUAAAUCUAGGACCCAAUUUACACGGGAUGUACAAAUGGCUAAGCAUCACCGCCCACAUGAAAGCUCUCGAGGCAGCAACAAUGAAAGCUCGCCACAUUUGCUUUCCUAGUUAAUUACUGCCAAUGGUAACACUGGCUGAAUUGUACCAUUGUUUCUGGUAUGCUCAGUUGAUGCAGCUAUCAGGUUGAGUUGUAAAACAAUUGUACAUACUAGGUCAGGAUCGUGUACGUAUUGCUCUAAAUGUUCAGUCAGGGAGGAUUGUUAGCUGAUAGAAAGCUGAUAGAACGAUUCUAUACUAACUGGGCGAAUUGGUACACCUGCGUAAUUUGUGCAAACUAGCUAACAUAUAUUUAUUCAGUUGUUGCUUUUUAAUUCUGAAAAUGCAUAUUCAGGAGA